AUGGAUGAGCUUGGUAAAAUUAUACGAGUAAUUAAGAAAGUUGAUGAAACCGCUCCUCAUCAUAAUAUUUUAGUAAUUGAUGCUACUACCGGUCAAAAUGUAUAUAAUCAAAUAGAACAAUUUAAAGCUAUUGCUAAUAUCACUGGCUUAAUUGUUACUAAAUUAGAUGGGACUGCUAAAGCUGGAAUUGAUGAAAAAGCUGUUAGUUCUGUGAAGAUUCAAGGUCGAGCAAUUAACGGUACGCUAAAUGAUGGUUCUACCUUUUCGACUUAUGCUCCUGAUUACGCAGAUCUUAUUAAUAAGCUAAGUAACAAUGGAGUUCAUAUUGAAGUAAGCCCGCCUGAUACAAAAAUGAAUUCCUUAUUUAGCAUAUUUGUGUCAUGGUUCCCAAUGAUUUUACUGAUUUGUGUAUGGGUAUUUUUUAUGCGCCAAAUGCAAGGUGGGGGUAAAGCCAUGGGAUUUGGUAAAUCUAAAGCAAAAUUAAUUUCAGAUAAAGGUCCUAAAGUUACUUUUAAAGAUGUGGCAGGUAUUAAUGAAGCUAAAGAAGAAUUAACUGAAAUUGUUAAUUUUUUGAGGGACCCAAGUAAAUUCCAGAAACUUGGAGGGAAAAUCCCGAAAGGAUGCUUGCUUAUUGGUCCUCCAGGUACUGGCAAGACUUUACUUGCCAAAGCUAUAGCAGGCGAAGCUAAUGUACCUUUUUUUAGUAUUUCUGGUUCGGAUUUUGUCGAAAUGUUUGUAGGAGUAGGAGCAAGCCGUGUACGAGAUAUGUUUGAACAAGGUAAGCGUAAUGCGCCAUGUAUAAUUUUUAUUGAUGAAAUAGAUGCAGUAGGUCGUCAUAGAGGUAGUGGAAUGGGUGGAGGUAACGACGAGAGAGAACAAACUUUAAACCAGAUGUUGGUUGAAAUGGAUGGAUUUGAAGAUAAUGAAGGGGUAAUAAUUAUUGCUGCAACUAAUAGACCCGAUGUAUUAGAUACGGCCUUGUUAAGACCAGGGAGAUUUGAUCGGCAAAUUACGGUGCCGAACCCCGAUAUAGACGGGAGAGCACAAAGCUUACAACUACGUUCGAAAACAACAAAGUAUGCGC